AUGUCACCAGGAAAUGCCACAACCAAAGUAAUAACAGAAUUUAUCAUAGGUGGACUUGACAAGGUUGGGAAUCCGGUGGCCAUUGGGAUAGUGAUACUGGUGGUUUAUACCAUGGUCAUGGUUGCCAACACCGCAAACAUAUGCUUCAUUGCACUGGAUAAGCGUCUGCACAAGCCAAUGUACCUGCUAAUCUGCAACCUGGCUGUCGUGGACAUGCUUCAUAGCAGUAGCUGCAGCCCCACCAUGAUUGGGCUGCUGUUAGCGGGCGCUAGAACCAUCGCCUACGCUCCAUGCUUCAUUCAAAUGUUUGCGUUCCACCUGGCCGGAGUUAUGGAAAUGUUUGCCAUCGCUGGGAUGGCUUUCGACCGCCUAGUGGCUAUAUCCAGCCCUUUGAGGUAUCACAGUAUUCUGACAAACAUGCGUACACUGCUGAUGGCGUUUUCCCUCUGGAUGUUGGCCUGCGUGUUUGUGGCCAUUUUACCUGGGACUGUCAUACCUCUCCCUUACUGCAGGUCGACAAUACAGUACGCCUUCUGCGACUACCCAGGCUUAGUCAGAGCCACUUGCGUCGAUCCCAAUUACUAUUUCUUCAUGAUUACCAUCAUAACGUUCCUUUUGUUGUUUUCUACAUUUGCCUUUAUUUUAUUUUCCUAUACAAGAAUCAUGAUUGCCAUCUUUAAAAUGUCUUCCAAGACUGACAGGAAAAAAAUGUACAGCACGUGCUUCAGUCAUUUGAUUGUUGUUAUUUGCUUUUAUUUUCCACUAUUUGUACAAGUAGUUCUAACCAGACUAGGAGUAGUACUUACUAAGGAGGAGCGCCAUGGGUUAUUGAUAGGAGCGAUUCUAGGUCCCUGUCUUAUUAAUCCCAUUGUGUACUGUUUUCGUACUGAGGAAAUAAAAAAUAAAAUCUUUAGAAUAUUUACAAAAAUUAAACUGAGUGAUUAA